AUGGCCACCUCAACUCCACAUAAACAAGCACCGAUGUAUAAUGGCCAUUCACCUGUGCCAUCCCCUCUCAUUGACCAGAUCUCGGUAAAUCAAACUACACCCAUCCCACCACCACCACCGGGCAACUCUUCUGUUUUGAAUUCUCAGCAUCCUGCCGCUACUCCGACCACGGCUGUGAUCCCCACCACCCAACCGAAAAAACAAAAGCGGAAAAGAAAGUCUGCAGCCACCACUAGUACUGAUGCACCAGUCUCAACAGUGGUUCAAUCGGCUGAAUCACACACCAGUAAUACUUCGGCUGUCAACUCAAACACAGAUCCUACUUUGGCAUCUCCAGAAACCCCCACUGGCACCCCAAAACCUCGUAAAAAAGAUACCAAGCUCUCUGAUGAAGUCAUGGAUAGCUUCAAAGAUCACACCCUACAUCAGCUUCGAAAACUCCAGAAGACGCACGUGAAAUAUACUCGAUUGAAUGAAGAAAUCAAGAUAGCUGCUCAAGAUGUAUACUUUGAAUAUCAACGAAAACUCCAUUUGCUAUCGCUCAAGCAUCAGCGACCUUUCAAGGGUCUCGCAAAGUAUCUCGGACAACGUCGAACCCGGCAGAAGAAAACUGAGAACAAUAUCGGUCAGCGAAACAAGGAAGUCGCAAAGAGCUAUAAUCAGCUCAAUGCAGCAGAUCGAGACCUCCUGAACAACAACAGCGAAGACCAAUGGGUUGAUGCCGACCUCAGCGAUGAUCCAAACAUUAAUGAACGAGAUCAGUUUGAUGUCAGACACCAGUCCAACAAAAAGCUUCUUGCAAAUGUAGACACGUGGGCCAGGGGAGUACAGCUCAAGCUGAAGGAGAUCAGUGAUGCUCUUGGUCUUGAAGGUUUCCUAAUCAUUGCGGAUCAAGACCAUCGCCAACCGUAUUUUUUUCAAGGGGGAAGUUUGCUUGGCGAUGUUUUUCUGCGAGGGCUUCUGGAUGAAGGCGAUCCAAUAUCAAGAUUUGCAGUCUGGACUGCUGGAACCAAGAGCCGAAAAAAAGUGACUAAACAGAUUGCUGGUCCUGUUGUUAGUACUGUUUGUAAGCAAUCCAAGGCAAACAAUGCCUCGAACAACAACUCCAAUCCCAAACACGACAGCAACUCUGGAAACUUGGGAUCUGGGAACAACAACCAACCUCCUGAAGAGCGAGAUAAUGGUUGUGCUGAAAAUCAAGAUGCGUGUGAGGGUGAUCUAGCUAAAAAUCAUCAUUAUAUUUCUAACAAACUAGGGGAGAUGUACAAUCAAGCCCUUGCUGUACCUGGCUCAAAAUAUAAAUGGCCAGGUACCAACACCCAAAUUAAGCUCAAGAAAAAGGGUCUGAUGCUGUCAAUAUCCAACAAUCCAACCGAGUUAAGCAUGGUGCAUUUUUCGCAACCAGUCAAAAAACUCCUACUUCAAGGUAUUCCUUCCGGUCAAUGA